AUGAAGCAAGUGCUGAGCCUGCUGGUAGUCAUAGUUGUACUAUGCACUCACGCAUCGUAUGCAACCAAUGCAAAAGAAUAUACAGGAGAUGAAAGAAGUAUCAUUGGUGGCAAAGAUGCGUUCAUCAGUAGUUACCCGUUUGCGCUGCUGAUGUUUGUCAAUGGAUUUACAGCUUGCAGUGCGUCGGUGAUUGGGGAGUUCUAUGCACUGACAGCAGCGCAUUGCUUGGUGCAUGGUGACGACCCGCCCCAGACCUAUCAGGUUACAUUCCUUGGAGGCACUUCGAGUAUAGGCUCUAAUGGAACCAUAUUUAACGCCAGUUACUAUGUAAUCCAUGAUGAGUACAACGAAUGCACAACUGACAACGAUGUAGCUGUUGUUCGGGUAACGACUUCGUUCUUCACGAAUCCGGCCAUUAAAGCCAUAACGCUACAGGAUAAUGAACCUGCGGCAUCAACAUCGUGCUAUGCUGUGGGUUGGGGUCUUCUUACGACUCCACCGAAUUUCAUCCAUGCGAAUAAUCUGCAGAUUGCUAACUACACACUACAGGCAUCACAGACCUGCAGCAGCUUAUUGGGAGAAAGAAUAACUGAACAGUAA